AUGCUGCUGACUCUGAUUGACAAUGACACUGAAACUGAAGAGAUAAGGAAGUAUAACACCAGUGUGGCUAGAGAAGUGACUUCAAAACUACGCAGGUUUACCAAUGAAAGCAUUAAUGUGAUACAUGGAGUUUUGAGUUUGAGUGACCUCAUAGACACAGACACGUGCUACAUAAAGUUACAGAGAAUAGCAGCAUUAUCUGCAUCCUUUGUUCCAAAGUCUUCUCUGUUGAUGACUCUGGCAAAAUAUGAGCACGUGAUGAUGGCUUUCUGGGCAGCUGUUGCUGAGACAAAGUCAGUCCUGACAGAAACAGGUGAAGUAGGCGACAGUUGUAUCCACUUUCUCACUUCUGAUCAGUGUGUGUGUCUUGUGGAGAACAUCGAAAGUAGAUAUGUUUCCUGCAGACAGGAGACCAGCAUUGAAUCCACGACUCUGAUGGUGGAGGUGGCCAGGAGACUGAGUAGACUGGGUGACACUCUACUGAUAUGCAACUCACAGGAAGAAAAGAGCAGACUCAGAUCUGUCUACUCGUCAACAAUCUCGGUUUUUGAUGUGGAAGGCACCGACCUGACAAAGUUUGAAAAUUUGGUUCAUGAAACGUACAGUUAUCCGUUCGAACCCUCUGGCCGGCAAUGGAAGUUUCUCAAAGGCACUCAACACAGGUCACAUAGUACAAAGAAUCAAAGAACCGAGACAUCAAACAGGAAAGAAGAUGGUUGCCAAGUGUUCCACAGUAAAGACUUUCUCCGACCACGGUUACAGCAAGCGAAAGGAGAUAUUACUGAAAUUAAACGUCAUUACAUGAUGAAAGGCGGCGUCAACAUAAUUCCAGUCAGUCUGACAGGCCAUUUGGUGGACAUUAAGGAUAUGCUACUUUCAGUCCUGGAAACUGAUAAAUCCCUCUUUCACUGCAACCUUGUCACUGGUGCAGAGCUGGACUUGAGUGAUGACGAGAAGUGUUUGGUGCAUUUGACAGAAUCCUUAGCAACAACACUAGACUUUCCAGUUUCAGAGAGACCUUCUGAAAUAAGAUGCGAUAUGUUUCUGGCUUUUCCCGAGCAGCCCCCAGUUGUACUGACAGUGAUGAACUGUGAACAUAAAUCUAAAAUGAUAACAAAUUACAACACCUCAGUAGCCAGAGAAGUGACUGCAAAAUUACGUCGUUUUACAAGUGAAAACCUUAAUGUUAUACAUGGGGUUGUGAGCAAGAAUGACAUGAAAGAUAACGAGGUGUUCUUUGCAAAGUUACAACAAAUUGCAGCAGUGUCUUCAGUAUUCAUUUCCAAAGCGUCUUUGAUGAUGAACUCGUUCAAGUAUGACCAAAUACUUAUGGCAUUCUGGGCAGCAUUAGCUGAGACAAAAGUAGAUGUACAAGAGAGUCAGUUAAAAUUUCUUAACAAAGAACAAUGCAUCCUUUUGUUGGAAAAUCUUAACAGAAUGAAUGUCGAGGUCAGGCUUCUUUCCAGUAGUGAGGCAACUGACCUGAUGCUUGAGGUUGCCAGGAGACUGAGCAGACAGGGCAACACCUUGAUCAUCUGUAGAUUGCGGGAGGAGAGGGACCAAUUGAGAUCAGUGUUCUCAUCGACGAUAUCAUUAAAUGAUGUCUGGAAGUGGGACCUAUCUGCUUAUGAGAACAUUGUCCUUGAUGCUCGGAGUCUGCCCGAGAUGCCGAGUGGUUGUCGGGUAUGGAGAUUCCAAACAGAUCCUGCCAGUGUGGAAGAACUGAAGAUGCGGUUACAGACUUCAGAGAAGGAAGUACACGAGAUGGAGAAACAACUCAGUGGUCUGCACAAUGAUAAGUGGAAAAGGCAGAUGGAGUACCAGUUCUGGGAAGUAGAUGCACUGAAGUUAUUGAUUUGA